UUGUUUCUGCCUUAAAGGAAACUUUAUCAGCAAUUUUGUUUUCAGGUGGACUGCCUUCCAGCACCAGAGCCAUGAUUUAUUGCUUACUAAGAUGGGUUGCUUUUUUUUGGACCGUGAGCUCGGUUCCUCGCACUUUUGGAAUGGCAGUGAGUGAACGAGCAGAUGGCUUGUGUCCCAGUCUGACUGUGGAAGAUCACAGGUUUUCUGAUAGUUUAGAUCGUCCACUGGAAAUCACAGGAUUUGAUCUCACUGAAAAAUUCCUUCUACGUAAAGGAACAGUCACAGAAGACCUGCCGUCGUUUCGAUUAGGAAGCAGUCCACUUAUUAAGUCAACAAAAUUACUAUUUCCUGAUGGGUUUUCAAGUGAGUACUCACUUGUGUCCAUCUUCCGGGUGAGACGAACUACAAAAAAAGACCGUUGGUAUCUUUGGCGGAUAUUUGACCAGACAGGAAACCAGGUGUCUGUGGUGGUUGAUGGUGAUAAAAAGGUGUUGGAGUUUUCUUACCGGGCCCAGCUGAAGACCACCAACCGCUACACGUUUAAAAGUCGUGACCUGCAUGCCCUCUUUGAUCGCCAGUGGCACAAGCUGAGCAUUUCUGUACAUAGCAACUCCAUCUCCAUUUACAUGGACUGCAGACGAAUAGAAGGAGGUGUGAUUGAUGAGAGGGACAGCAUUGACCUCGGUGGGCACACACUCAUCACUACGCGAGUGGAGGAUGAAAAGCCUGUCGAUAUUGAACUGAAACAAAUUCUCCUUUACUGUGACCCCUAUAUGGCCGAGAUGGAAAAUUGUUGUGAACUCCUUGAUCCAGAGUGUGGCAUCAAGAAGACAGUUAAUGGGACAUCCCCUCCUCCAGCUACAACCCAGAUUCCCCUGAUGCUCUCUCAGCCGGCCUCACAGUCAAUUGACAGAUGUCACUGUCCAGCUGAAAAGGGGGACACGGGGGAGACUGGACUUCCAGGAAACCCAGGACAUGAGGGAGACGUCGGCCUCCCUGGAGACUCGGGGCUGCCUGCUGGCAGUGACUGUUUCAAAGGAGAUCAGGGAGCACCGGGUCAGCCAGGCAAAGAGGGCAAAAGGGGGCGGAGAGGAAAGACUGGGGAGCCUGGACUCAGAGGCCUACCUGGUCCUCCGGGAAGUUCUGAAGGUGCAAGUGUCAAGGGGGAGAACGGGGAGUCUGGAGUCCCGAGGGGAACGGGGGAGAAAGGAGAGCGAGGAGAUCCUGGUCAGCCGGGUGCCGAGGGGACCGGCGGCAUGAAAGGACAAAAAGGUGAUGUUGGUCCUCCUGGUCCUCCUGGCCCUCCUGGGCUUGUGAUGACAGCUCACGGAUUAAGACAGCUCUCAGGAACUGAUGAAAUGAAGGAAACAGCCCAGAAAGGUGAAAAAGGAGAGACGGGCGAGAAUGGAAUUCAAGGACCCCAAGGCUUAAAGGGAAGCAUCGGGCCACCAGGGUUAAAGGGAGACCAAGGGCCAGAGGGGAAACAAGGCCAGCCAGGAUCCAUCGGACUCCCAGGACUCCCAGGCGAGCCCGGCUUACCAGGGAAGCCAGGGGCGCCUGGGAGAGAUGGCCUGAGAGGAGAAAAGGGGGACUCUGGUGGUGUGAUUGGCCCUCAAGGUCCUCCUGGUCCUAAGGGCGAGCCUGGAGAACCUGGUGGUGGAUCUAUGGGCGAUGGGUUGUCACAAGCUAGAGGGUCUCGUGGUCCGAAGGGCGAGCGAGGCAUACCGGGUUUACCAGGAGACCACGGAGAAAAGGGAGAACCUGGGGAGAGCAUCAUUGGCCCCGCGGGACCCCCGGGGAAACCAGGAACCGAGGGCCCUCGUGGAUCCCAAGGCUUUCCUGGACUUUCUGGACCACCAGGAAGAGAGGGCUCCCCUGGUAGACCAGGUCCGCCGGGCCCAGCUGGACCUCCAGGUGAACCAACUGCCUUGCCUAUUGUUGGAGACAUGGGUGCUUUACUCAAGAACGCCUGCGGUGUGUGCCAGACAAGAGUUCCCGGGCUGCCCGGGCAGAAGGGAGAGAAGGGGCCCCCUGGAGCGCAAGGACUAGAAGGCUCGGUGGGAGAGAAGGGAGAUCCAGGUGUGAGAGGUCCGACGGGUAACCCCGGGAAAGAAGGUCCUAAGGGAGUAAAAGGAGAAAGAGGCUUCCCGGGACCUGAUGGAGAUAAAGGUGACGAGGGAAACGAAGGACCUCCAGGCAGGCCAGGACUCCCAGGUCCUCCAGGUGUGCCUUAUGUGGAGGGCAAUGGGAUGAGCAGUCUGUACAAGCUUCAGAGCGGUGGAGCUAUUUUAGGACCGCCUGGAGCUCCUGGUGCCUCGGGUCCCAAAGGAGAUGAAGGACCUGCUGGGGAGCCAGGACCCAUGGGCUUACCCGGGCUUGAAGGGCUACCCGGCACCAAGGGUGAUAUUGGUUUGCCUGGACCCCAAGGGACACCAGGUCCAGCAGGGAAGCCCGGCGCUCGCGGAGAGCCAGGGAUCCCAGGAGAGCCGGGUGAGAGGGGGCCGAUCGGUGAGACAGGAUUCCCUGGACCUGAGGGACCCCAAGGUGUUCCUGGCCGGCCCGGAAGAGAUGGAACUCCGGGAUACAAGGGCGACACAGGUCGACUGGGAGACCGAGGAUCCAAAGGAGAGCGUGGCGAUCCGGGGAUUCCCGGGGAAAGAGGCGUUCAAGGUGAGAGGGGUCGCGUAGGAGAUCCUGGCCCUGUCGGASCUAUCGGACCGCCGGGCGAAAAAGGCGACCCUGGUCCUCCUGGACAGRUGGGGCGUGUCCAGCUACUGGAUGAUCCCAGCUUUACAGAUGAACUCAGAGAAUUUAUCCAAAACGAAGUAAUGAGAAUUUUUGAAGAGAAAGUGUCCAGCCAUGGKAUGCAGCAGAAGAAACCUGCUGGCAUCUUAGCCUCACAGAUCCAAGGACCUCCUGGACCCCCUGGCAAGGAUGGAACACCAGGUCCUCCGGGAGAGCCUGGGCCACCUGGUCCUCAAG